AUGGGUAAUGUGACUUCAAACAUGGCGGCAAAAUUCGCAUUCCUCCCACCGUCACCGGCUACGUACGGCGUAAGUAAAGACGAGGAGACCGGAAAGCUCAUGUUCACCGGUGUCACGCCGGAGAAAAGCAUGGACGUUCAUCAAAUCACCACUAAAUCCGGCAACAAAGUCAUCGCUACGUUUUGGAAACACCCUUUUGCAAGAUUCACUCUUCUCUAUUCCCAUGGCAAUGCUGCAGAUCUUGGCCAAAUGGUCGAGCUCUUCAUCGAGCUCCGCGCUCAUCUCCGCGUCAACAUCAUGAGCUAUGAUUAUUCAGGCUAUGGAGCUUCAACAGGAAAGCCGACAGAAACAAACACGUACCACGAUAUCGAGGCUGUGUACAAUUGCUUGAGGACCGAGUACGAUCUCAAGCAAGAAGAUUUGAUUCUGUAUGGUCAGUCCGUUGGAAGCGGACCGACGUUGUACUUAGCGUCUAGAUUGAAGAGACUAAGAGGAGCUGUUCUUCACAGCGCCAUUCUCUCUGGCAUUAGAGUCUUGUAUCCUGUCAAGAUUACAUUCUGGUUCGAUAUAUUCAAAAACAUUGAUAGGAUACGUCAUGUGACAUGCCCUGUUCUUGUCAUACACGGAGCAAAAGAUGAGAUUGUGAACAUGUCGCAUGGGAAGCGAUUGUAUGAGCUUGCAAAGGACAAGUAUGAUCCAUUGUGGGUUAAAGGAGGAGGGCAUUGCAACUUGGAGACAUAUCCAGAGUACAUAAAGCAUCUGCGUAAGUACAUAAACGCCAUGGAGAAACUCGCUCUCAACAAUCCGACAACGAAACAACAAGACGACGAUGAGCCAAACGUCAACGAAACUAAGCACAAUCGGUGCUUAAGAUUCAGGAAAAAGUAG